AAAUGCUCUGCCAAGUCCUUUACAAGCCCCCUUUCUCUUGAAGGAGAAGAUACAUUAUACUCAGUAAUGGAGCAAAACAACAACAACAAUGUAGAAGAUUUCUCCUUGAAUGUUUUUUCUGUCACUCCUUGUCAGCCAAACAGAUCUGAUGCCCUGGUGUCAGAUGGGGAUAAAGCUGGCACCACUCUGCUCUUUUCAGGUGUGUUUUUGGGACUGGUGGGGAUCACUUUCACUGUGAUGGGAUGGAUAAAAUAUGAUGGCAUUACUCACCUGGAGUGGACUCAGUUACUAGGGCCUAUUCUGCUGUCUGUCGGGGUGACUUUUAUUCUGAUUGCUGUUUGUAAAUUUAACAUGCUUACAUGCAAGCCCUGUAAAGAAAGAGAGGAAAAUACGUCGGAACUUGAUCAGGCUGCAAGCGGACAGUCCUUUGUCUUCACUGGCAUUAACCAGCCUAUAACUUUCCAUGGUGCCACAGUGGUACAGUACAUCCCUCCGCCGUACCCAUCCCAGGAAGGCGCUGCUGUGAGUCCCGGCUACCUUCACCCCGUGCUCAGCUGCUGUGGUGCUGCUCCCCCCAGCACCUCGCCAGUCCUCACCUCGGCUUCCUCUCACUUCUGCCCUGCCUACACCCUGGACAACCUGGCUUUUACUGGAGAUGAGAACUACACUGCUUAUCCUGCAGAGAAUUCCAGGAAUCAGAGGUCAGAAGACAGUUCUGAUGAACCAGAAGGACUGCUGGAAGACUAUGUCCAUAAUAACUUGUGUCCUCCACGUUAUGAGGAAAUAUACCCUUUUUCUUCAUAAAAUCAUCAUGGACAAGAGACAACGAUCCUAAGAGAUGCUAGCAAGAAUCCCAAAAAAUCUUCUUUAAAUACUUGUGUGAUAAGACAUUGUGAGCAAGUUCUUGAUAUUCAUACACAGUAUCACUGAAGCUAUUUAACUGACCGCUUCCUUUUCCUUGUCAAAAUUCUUUAGCCCUUUGCAAUGCAGCUUAAUAGCAGAGCUGUUAAUUAUUCAAUGGCUAAACUAUUAAUAGCAAAGCUAUUAAACUCAAUAAUCCAAAUCCAUAUUAGGAUUCCCCAACAAGAAGCUUGAUUUUCAGACUUGCUGAAACCAGGGUGAACUGUGAAUGCACAAUAUGUUUGUGGAAGAUCAUGAUUGCUCCUGGACAUCCAGCAUCUUUAGAAAAUAUUUGAUUUUUUCUUGAGGUAUUUUCAUUCUUGAUUGCUUGGGAAACUUCAAAAGUGCUCAAGUGUCUGAUCCAUGAAAGUGCAUUUUAUGCCUUAAUUUUGUCUGAUUCUUUAGAAGAGCUUACUCAUUAAUAAGUCCAGUCUACAGAUUAGACUUUCUCAGGUUACUUUACCUGGACAACCAGUCCUGUUGCACAGCCCAGUCCUGUAGGCAUCUUUUUGGAGCAUCCUGCUUGAACCAGAGCAUCUCAGAACAGAGAAAACAAAUAGUGACUUCUGACAACUUUUACACAGAUCUCUAAGACAUCUUGCAUGCAUGAAAUUCAGUUUCCUUUCUUGCCUGACAGGAGGCAAAGCACAGUCUGCUGCCAGGAGUCCUAAUAACUAUGAAGUUAAUGUCACUAAAGAAAAUGGCAUCUUUCUGAAGCCUUGACAAAGAUGUUUCAUCCUGGCACUGUUAAGGACUUUGACAAUCACAGCUGCUGCACCCCACUCUGUGGGGGGGCUGUGGUGAAACACCUCUGAGGUCCCUUCUUAUUUGAAUGUGGGUCUUAGGCACACAACCCAGUCUGCAGGUUGCCCCCAGAGUAUUAGGAAACUGUGGGUUGUAGUAAACUUUCUUGUUCAAGUUCAGUUUGGUUCCAUGCGUUGAAUCCACAAAAAUUUGAGAUGAGCUCAUUUGAUUAGAGAAUGGUGUUCCUGAACACUGAGACUGUGGGUUUGAUCCCCAUAUGGGCCAUUCACUUAAGAUUUGGACUUGAUGAUCCUUGUAGCUUCCUUCUAAUUAACAAUAUUCUGUGAUUCUGUGAAAUAUAUUUACAGCUGUAUUUAACAAAAGAUGAAGUGUAUUAGUUCCAAAAUUUUGCAAUCCAGAACGAAGAUCCAAAGAGGCUUUGCUCAGGAACUUUUUAAAUCCCAGAGCAAUGACAAUGCAAUGAGUCCCUACAUUUUUAUUUUGUUUUUCCACAUAUAUUUCAGGUUCUGCUUUUCAAUGUGCCUAGAAGUGCAACAAGCCAGUAUUUCCCUAUGAUGAUCCCAUUAGGUCUGCUCAUCUCCCUCAAAGCAAAAGCUGAUCUCAGCUCUCACCUGCUGGAGUGGGUACCACACAAAAUGCCCUGGAGGGCAGUGGUCACUGUCCGAAGUAACCAAGCGGUGCACUGCUGGUGUGCCUGUGGGUCAGUCUCCUGGCCUGGCACAGCACAGCUAAAAGCAGGCGUCCAUUAUGGAAUGCAUCAGCUUUCUCUUACUUGUCAAUGCAGCUGUCUUGGCUCUCGUCAGAUUUCAUCCACCUGUGACUGGUCUCAUUCUUGGGAGCUGGAGAAUUGGCAUUCUCUGAUUCUUGGCAUUUAGCAGAGACAGUUGCACAGACCUGUUGUACUUCUGUGCAGCAGCCCUAGCAAUCAGGAGACAUAGCUCUGGAUGGAGAUGUGCAUUCAGAACAUUGUCCAACUGCAUGGACCUGCAGGUGCAUACCUCCCUGUCCUGUGCACUUAGAGGCUGUAAGAAAUAAAGCACGGGGGGGGCACAAAACAACCACCGUGCUCCAGAGUAAUGGACAAGACACUGACAGGGGUCAUAUUUGGGACGCAACAUUUGAACAGACUCAAAGCUGGAUUAGCAACUGCAGCAGCAGCUAUUGAACAGUGACUGCAAACUUUGUGUGAGGUUUUUCUCCUUAGAGAAAUAUGGAACACACUGUUUUUCAGCAGCGGUGGCCUGGUGUUAGCAGGUAGUUGGAGAAGGGGAGGCACGUGUAUUUGGAGAAGGGGAGGCACGUGUAGCUGGAGAAGGGGAGGCAUGCUGUGUUCAGCAUGAUCUCUGUGGAACUGAGUGAGAGAACAGAAGACCUAAAAAUAAAUGCAAGUUUCUGUUA